AUGGGAGCAACUAGUAGCAACCCUGCAUCACGCAAUCAACACUCAACACCAAGAGUGCAACCGCAGCAAACAACAAUAAGAAUUUCUCGACCACGACAUGUCACCGCUACUGUUCAACGUCCUCUACGAACACAGAUGCAUACAGAAAGACCUUAUCGCAUAUACUAUAAUCCACGAUCUGGUCCUGGCUAUAUCGGACCACGACUUCCACAUUUGAUCGAACCAUCUGUACGCGUUUACUAUUGA